AUGACAAGUAAAUCUGAAUCAGAAAUCCGAAAAGCUUAUCUUGCAUACAGUCCACAGGAGUCAGAUAAUUACACAGUGCGUGGAAGUAGAAGAAGGCAGACACCGGCUGCCCAGUUACCCCUCUCUAGGCAGUCACCAGCUGCCCAGUUACCCCUCUCUAGGCAGUCACCGGCUGUCCAGCAGUCACCGGCUGUCCAGUUACCCCUCUCUAGGCAGUCACCGGCUGUCCAGUUACCCCUCUCUAGGCAGUCCCCGGCUGUCCAGUUACCCCUCUCUAGGCAGUCACCGACUGCCCAGCAGUCACCGGCUGUCCAGUUACCCCUCUCUAGGCAGUCACCGGCUGUCCAGUUACCCCUCUCUAGGCAGUCACUGGCUGUCCAGUUACCCCUCUCUAGGCAGUCACCAGCUGCCCAUCCAGCCGCGGUGGGGAUCGCGGAGCCGGUGUCCCGCUCGGGGGAGAGAGGCCGGACGGGUGACAUGCCCCUGGACGCAGCGAGCUAG